AUGUCUGAUCUCAUGACUGGUGGCCUUCCUGCCACGUCCAAUGGCACUGCCCUUGGCCCUGGUCGCAUGCCGGCCGCUGCUCCAGCGCCGACGAGCUCGCCAUCAGGCAUUAAAGGUCCUAGGGCGAUCAUGCAGGAGCGAGCAGCGAGAGAAGCGCGCCAGAGGGCGGAAGCAAGGCAGAGAGCUGAAAGUGAGCAGCAGGCAUUGGAGAAGAGCCGUGCUGAACAAGAGGCGCGAGUGCAGCAGGAGACGGAGCGUCGCAAUGCAGAGCGGCGCGCUGCUGGCGUUGCUGCUGGCCAAGGCAUUAAUGCCGAAGCUCAGCAAUCUACUAAUCUUUCACACCUAGACCAGUCACAAGCUCCGCGAGCAAAUGUCGCGCCCAACCAGGCCCUACCACCACAGCAGCGUCCGGCUCAGAUGGCUGGCAGCCAGCAGCACCAUUCCCCUCCCCAGGCCUUCCCCGCCGGGAACUCCUCAUCGCAGCAGCCUGCACCUGGAACACUUGCCAGCGAUGCGGCGAGCGAUCCCACAAAGCCACGCAACUCGUUUCCUCAUGCCUUUGAGCGCUGGGAAACGUUGUCCGCUCAUUGGGAGGGACUGACGAGCUACUGGAUCCGCAAGCUUGAGCAAAACAAGGAUGACAUUAAUCGCGAUCCCAUGAGCCAGCAGCUGGCGCGACAGGUUACGGAUUUGUCAGCGGCUGGCGCCAACCUCUUUCACGCCGUGGUAGAGCUUCAACGCCUGCGAGCCAGCUCCGAGAGAAAAUUCCAAAGGUGGUUCUUUGAAACUAGAUCCGAAUUGGAACGCGCCCACGAAGUGAAUGCCAUGCUAGAGGCAGCUCUCGAAAAGGAGAGGAGAGACCGUGAGCAAGCAAUUCGCGAUGCUGUCGAGCACGAGCGCGGAGUGUCCAAGACUCAGAAGCAGCUGGUGGAGAUGAGAAAGGAGCUUGCCAUCUCAAAGGAAGAAGCCCGCCGAGCUUGGGAGGAACUCGGGCGUCGUGAACAAGAGGAGCGUGAUAGGACUCUUUCCCUCCAGUCAGGGCAUCCCACGGUCGUGGGCGGAGUUCAGGUAGUGCCAAUGACCCAGGGCGGUGGCCCCAGUCGACACAGCAGCACCAGGGAGCAAGGAAGCUACCAGUCUGAUUAUCAACGACCGACUUAUUCCAUUGAGCAGCCUGCCCAGGGCCAAGGACAGACCACCGCAGGAAGUAGCAGCUCCGGACAAGGACAAUACCGAUCUGGCCACCAGGAAGAACCGAGCCGUCGUGCAGGCGCUGGCUCCGAGGGCGGUUACAGCGAAGGUUCUGAUUUGGAUCCAGAAGACUACGACACCCCGGCCACGACAAACCCGAGCGGCGCCAACAUGCCCUCGUCAACAUCCGCCCCGCAAAGCCAAUGGACCGGUGCCUAUUCGAACCCUCAGGAUUAUUCCGGCCAGGGCUAUGGGAAUGCUGGAUGGGAAGCGGUGCCUCGGCAUCAUCACCCUACUCGACUGAGCGACGUAAUGGAGGAAGAGGAUGAGAGAAGUCGGACCAGCGCCAGCCACAGCCGAAUUUAG